CGGAGAGUCCCCGGUGACUGCUGCAGGCCCUGUCGCCCUGUGGCCUGCAUGUACUGCGAGAUUUAUAGGGAGGACGGCGGGACACCCAAAAGCUGGGAAAUGGGACUAUUGGCAUUCAGGGAUGUGGCUCUAGAAUUCUCUCCAGAGGAGUGGGAAUGCCUGGACCCUGCCCAGCGGAAUUUGUACAGGGAUGUGAUGUUAGAGAACUACAGAAACCUAUUCUCCCUUGGUGAGGAUCACUUCAAUAUGCAAUUCCUAUUUCACCGUCUUGCUAUGUCUAAGCCAGAACUGAUCAUCUGUCUGGAGGCAAGGAAGGAGCCCUGGAAUGUGAACACAGAGAAGACAGCCAAACACUCAGCUUUGUCUUCUUAUCUUACUGAAGACAUUUUGCCAGAGCAGGGCCUGCAAAUUGCAUUCCAAAAAGUGAUGCUGAGAAGAUAUGAAAGAUGUUGUCUUGAGAAAUUACGCCUAAGGAAUGACUGGGAAAUUGUGGGUGAGUGGAAAGGGCAGAAGGCAAGUUGUAAUGGACUUGACUUAUGCUCAGCAACUACUCAUAACAAAAACUUUCAAUGCAAUAAAUGUGUGAAAGGUUUUAGUAAAUUUGCAAAUCUAAAUAAACAUAAGAUAAGCCAUACUGGAGAAAAACCAUUCAAAUGCAAAGAAUGUGGCAAUGUCUCUUGCAUGUCUUUAAUAACAACUCAACAGCAGAGAAUCCAUAUUGGAGAGAACCCCUACCAAUGUAAAAAAGGUAGCAAAGCCUUUAAUGAGUGCUCAUACUUUACUGACUGCAAGAGAAUUCAUGUUGGAGGGCAACAUUGCAGAUGUGAAGAAUGUAAUAACGUCUUUAAGUCUUGCUCAAGUCUUGCUAUUAUUGAGAAAAUUCAUACUGAAAAGAAAACCUACACAUGUGAAGAAUGUGGCAAAGCUUUUAACCUGUGCUCAAUUCUUACUAAACAUAAGAAAAUUCAUACUGGAGAGAAACCAUACAAAUGUGAAGAAUGUGGCAAAGCCUUUAAGUUGUUCCCAUACCUUACUCAACACAAGAGAAUUCAUAGUGGAGAGAAACCCUACAAGUGUGAAGAAUGUGGCAAAGUCUUUAAAUUGUUGUCAUACCUUACUCAACAUAAAAGAAUUCAUACUGGAGAGAAAACCUUCCAAUGUGAAGAAUGUGGAAAAGCCUUUAACCAGAGCUCACAUCUGACUGAACAUAGGAGAGUUCAUACUGGUGAGAAACCAUACAAAUGUGAGGAAUGUGGCAAAGCUUUUACUUGGUUCUCAUACCUUAUUCAGCAUAAGAGAAUUCAUACUGGGCAGAAACCCUACAUAUGUGAGGAAUGUGGCAAAGCUUUUACCUGGUUCUCAUACCUUAAUCAACAUAAGAGAAUCCAUACUGGAGAGAAACCCUACAAAUGUGAUGAAUGCGGCAAAGCUUUUAACUGGUUUUCGUAUCUUACUAAUCAUAAGAGAAUUCAUACUGGAGAGAAACCCUACAAAUGUGAAGAAUGUGGCAAAGCCUUUGGCCAGAGCUCACACCUUUCUAAACAUAAGACAAUUCAUACCAGAGAGAAACCAUACAAGUGUGAGAAAUGUGGCACAGCCUUUAACCACUCUGCACAACUUGCCGUACAUGAGAAAAUUCAUACCUGAGAAAAAUCUUACAAAUCUAAACA